GGAGAGGGAGUCGCCGAACGCCCGCCAGCAAAGCCAGUAGUCUCGCGUUUUCGUUCCCCCCCGGAGGACCCCCUACCGUUCGCAGUGUCGUACGUACUAAACCAUCGCCGCCGAAGAUGGCCGAUCCGCUGAGCAUUUUGCGACAGUACAACGUGAACAAGAAGGACAUCAUCACCAAGGACGACAACAUCAUCUUCGGAGAGUUCUCUUGGCCCAAGACCGUCAAGACCAACUACCUCGUCUACGGUUCAGGAAAAGAUGGUGCGCCCAAAGACUACUACUCACUAGAAUGUUUGCUGUUCCUUUUGAAACAUGUUAGCCUUACUCAUCCUUCCUAUGUCAGAAAGGCUGCAGCAGAGAACAUACCUGUUGUGCGUCGUCCUGAUCGUAAAGAACUUCUUGCCUACCUCAAUGGAGAAACAUCAACUGCUGCAGCCAUUGAUAAGUCUGCACCUUUGGAAAUUCCAACACAGGUUAAGCGAACAGUUGAAGAUACUUCAGACAGCACAGCCAAGAAGCCCCGAUAUGAUGACAGUGAUGUGCAGAAACUCAAAGAACAUCUUGCGCUUCGUUUUGAUGCUCCAAAGACCUCGUCCAUUGUCAGUAACAUUGAUAGAUCGCUCUCAGAAGCCAUGUCAAUUGAAAAGAUUGCUGCCAUUAAAGCCAAGAGGUUGGCUAUCAAACGUACCAUGAUUAAGGAAGACGACGAUCUUGGCUUAGGAACCGAUCUACGUAACAUGUUAGAAUUUGAUAUUGACGUUACAAAAGAUAUCACUACCAAAGAAAGACAGUGGAGAACUCGAACAACCAUCCUACAGAGCACUGGGAAGCAAUUUGCUGCCAGUAUCAUGGGGCUUCUCAAAUCUAUAAAAGCACGAGAAGAAGGCCGUGCCAGAGCCACUGCACCUAAUCCUCUGCCAACCCCUGUGAGCAGAGUGCCCCAGCCAAUUGGUUACUCAAGAUACGACCAAGAAAGAUUCAGAGGAAAGGAAGAAACUGAGGGCUUCAAAAUUAACACUAUGGGAACCUACCACGGUCUAUCUCUGAAAAGUGUGACAGAAGGUGGUGGUCAGAGUAACAAACUGGCACCACAGCCAGACCUAGCUCCACAGACUAAGCCUGUGCCCGGUCAGCAAGCAAAGAAAGUAUCCAGAACUCCUAUAAUUAUUGUCCCCAAUUCUCCUACAUCACUCAUUACGAUGCUAAAUGUCAAGGACUUGCUACAGGAUAUGAAAUUUGUUACGAAUGAAGAGAAACGAGCCCAGGGUACAAAGCGAGAGAGUGAAAUGCUCAUCCAGCGAAUCAAGGAAGGAGGGCUAACUGUCCCGUACCGUAUCACUGAUAACCCUUCAAAAUUAAGUUACAGUGACUGGGAUCGUGUCGUAGCUGUAUUUGCAAUGGGCCCUGCCUGGCAAUUCAAAGGCUGGCCUCAUGAUGGAAACCCCGUAGAAAUUUUUAAUAGAAUUUGUGGGUUCCACAUAAAAUAUGAAGAAAUGAAGGUAGAUACGAACAUAGCAAAUUGGGCUGUUCACGUAAUCAAUCUCAGCCGUGUUCGCAGACAUUUAGACAGAGCUAGGUUCUUGGAAUUUUGGGAGAAACUGGAUAGGUUCAUAAUAUUCAACAAGUCUCAUCUAAGGUGGUAGUCUUUCUGUAUAGCUGUUUCCAAAGAGUCCUUGCCUGUGAAGGUAAAUUUGUUUGCAAUCAAAUUUCAGUAUGUUUGAAAGAAAAAAAAAAAAGUUUUUUCAGUCACUUUAUCGUAACUAGUAAUGGUUACAGUAUAGAUCCUUCAACUGUAGAGAUACUUCCUGCCGUAUGACACUUGAUAGUUGACAAGACUCUGGCGUGUUGGUGCCGUUGAUAUUCCUUUCGUUGUUAUGACAGACGUAGUUAUAUGUUGACUGGAGUCUUGGAAAUCUGAUUAUAGUGUAAAUGUAUAUAUAUAUAUUUUUUUUAAUAUAGUAUCUAAUAUAGAAGUGAUUUAAUUUAAGGCCUCAAUUGUAAUGAUGUAACCCAUCUGUCACUAGUAUUUCUUAAGUUUGUAUUUCCAGAUAAGAAAUAUAAAUUUAAUGGGAA